AUGGGCCCGAAGCGGCUGCGGGGGCUCAGCGCGCUUGUGGCCCGGGAGCCGCCGCUGCCGUCGGGCGAGAGGCUCCCUCGGACAGCGCUGGGCUCGCGGGCGCUGACGGCUAGACACGUGGCGCGCCGUGCGCGGGCUGGCCCGAGGGGCGCCCAGACGCCGGCCGCCCCGCCUGCAGCUGGGCGCCGACGUGCGCUGGUGCCGGCCCCCUCUGCUGUGCCAGCCAGGGUUGCACGGGCGGGGCGGCACUUCUCGGCGCUGGACGACAGGGGCGCCAACGGUCAGGACCUCGCUGGAGACGGAGGGGGGGCCGCCGAGGGCGACAGCAGCUCCAGCGGCUCCAACUCGGUGAUCGAGCACCUGGGGCGCGGCCGCGUGCGGAUGCGGCAUCUGCGCGCUCGGAGGGCGCAGAGGCGUGCGAAGCUGUGCGCCGACGCGAUCCUUGCUGCUCAGGAAGCUGGGGUGAGCCUCCUGGAGACCUUGGCCGUGACGCGGCCGACGCAGGUGAGGUACCAGCGUUACUUCGAUCUCUUCUACUCGCGUGUCGGCCUGAAGCGGGGGGACAUCCUCGCGAAGGCCGACACAGAGAUCGACGAGCUGUUCUGCAACUACUUGACCGAGAAUUACUUGCAGGGCGAGCAGAGAAGCUAUGGGGAUCAGACCAUGGCGGCUGGGGGCUUGGAUGCAGUGUUCAGACGACUGGGCUCGGCAGCCUCGAAGGAGCCGCUGUGGAAUUUCGACUGCCCCGAGGCGUCGGCCCUGCUCAGGGAGGCGGCAGAGGAUCUCGGAAUCGCUCCCGUCACUCUGCAUCAGAUGAGGCACUCGGGGGCCAGCGUCGACCUGGCCAAUGGAUGGCGCAAUCUCACUUCGACUCAGAGGCGGGGCGAGUGGGCCCAAGCCAAGUCCGUGCACCGCUACGAGCACAGUAGCAUGCUGGGGAGCAGCUACGCGAAGUUGGCGCCAGCUCUGCGUGCAGUGCGCGAACAGGCGGAGAGGCAGUUGACCCAGAUCUUGACGGGACAGCCCCUCAGCGUGCGUCCAGGGCAAAACUGA